AAAGCUGAUAGCACCGUAUAUAAGCACCACUUGCAACAUUUCUUUCGUUGAUUUUGGUGCAUUCAAUAUGAUAUUCGAAGUUUCUUAUCUAGCUGCCUUGCCCGGUCGAUGAAUGAUCAAAAUUUGUUCGUUGCCUCUUCGUUUUGGUGUCAUGUAUUUGCUAGGCGAUAUUUUGUGUUGUUUAUCCUAGUCGUGAGAUUUAUAAUUGUUGGUGUUGUAUGUUAGCGUUAACAAGACUUUAGAGAAAUGGUGAAAAUAGACACGAUACAAAAAAAUUAUCCGCUGCAUUGGCUCGUGUGGAAUAAUAAUUAUGUAGAACUCGAGGAGGAAUUAUCUACAAAGCUGCAUGAUAUUGAAAAGCUUGAUAACCGAGGAAGAACCCCAUUGAUGUUAGCUGUGACUUUAGGUCAUAUUGAAUCUGUUGGAGUAUUGUUGCAACAUGAAGCUAAUGUUAAUACAGAGAAUACUCAAGGAUGGACUGUGGUUCAAGAGGCAGUUGGCACAGGAAAUCCUGAGCUAAUACAAAUGGUGCUAGCACAUAGGGAUUAUCAAAGAUAUUGUAAUCGAGUAGCAGGUAUUCCAGAACUGCUUCAUAAACUUAAACAAGCUCCUGAUUUUUAUGUAGAAAUGAAAUGGGAAUUUACUAGUUGGGUUCCUCUUGCCUCUAGAAUAUGUCCUAGUGAUACUUACAAGGUAUACAAACAGGGCAGCAAUGUACGAAUCGACACAACUUUAUUAGGAUUUGAUCAUACAAAAUGGCAACGUGGAAAUCGUAGUUACGUUUUCAAGGGACAAACUGCAUCACAUGUACCUGUGGCAAUUAGAUGUGAACGGAGUUAUGUGUUCAGUAUGGUGGGACGAGAGUCAGAUGAUGGAGCAACAAUGAUGGAGGUGGAUCACAAAACAAGAAAAGUAUAUGUUGAGCAUAUUAAACUCGUAGAUAUUGACGAUAUGCAAUUAAUGGAACCUUCUGAAGAAGGCGUAUUAGCUCGGCUUACAAAUCCGAUUGUUACUACGUACAUAGAUACAGAUAAAAUUAGUUUCGAACGUAAUAAAGCUGGUUUGUGGGGCUGGCGCUCUGAUAAAAGUGAAAUAGUUAACGGACAUGAGUGUAAAGUGUUUAGUGCAUGCAAUGUAGAAUUAAUAACGAAAACUCGAUUAGAACAUUUAUCUGAACCUGAUAAGGCACGAGCUCGUGCUCCACGUACACCUCUUCAAUCAUUUCUUGGUAUGGCGGAACAACAGCAGGAGAACAGUAAUAACGCAACUACUAGUGAAGAAUAUAAUAAUGUCGGAAAUCCUUCUAAUAUAACAGCUGAGGAAUAUUUUGACCCGGAUGUUGAUUUGAAUGGAAGGGAUAUAGGUAGACCAAAAGAAGUUAAUACGAAAAUUCAAAAGUUUAAGGCAACUUUAUGGCUUAGUGAACAGUACCCAUUAAGUCUUCAAGAACAAAUUAUGCCAAUUGUCGAUCUUAUGGCAAUAUCUAGUUCACAUUUUGCAAAAUUAAAGGAUUUUAUUCAAAUGCAAUUACCUGCUGGAUUUCCUGUUAAAAUUGAAAUUCCUCUGUUUCAUAUAUUAAAUGCAAGGAUAACGUUUGGAAACAUUUUUGGCAUGGAUCAAGAAGUACCGCAUGUAGGACAUUUACAAGAAACUAACAGAAUGACUUGUCUAGUUGAUGAUAUUUGUUUUGAAGCACCAGUGGGAUACGUAAAACUAGGUGCUGAAGUUCGGACACAAUUUAGUAUGGAAGAAGAAGACGAUCUGUUACAAUUUGCUAUUCAACAAAGUUUGUUGGAAGUUGGAAGUGAACGUGAUGAGAUUGAUAUAUGGGAGGCCUUACGAGCGCAAAAACCAUCACGACCCACGACGCCCAAUAUGACAACUGAGGAAGAGAGGCAGUUGCAGAGAGCUAUUCAGGCAAGCCUGGCGCUGUGUCAAGAUAGUAACGUUGGCUGUGCGAGCGGUCGAAGUAAUUCGGAUAAGACAAAUGACAUAGAAAAUGCUGACUCGCUUGAAGAUACAGCAGAACAAUUAAGACUGGCGCUAAGACUGUCAGAAUUACAACAGUUGGAAGAAGAACAGCGUCGAUUGUUAGAGGAAGAAACAUUUCGACAAGUGUUGGAGUUAUCUCUUACAGACAAGUGAACGUGCAAUAGUCAUUAAGAAAUUUGAUCAAAUUAUACUUCCAUGAUUAUGUGAAAUCUUCCAGCUGCGCAAGCAUCAUGUAGCGCGAAAUCAUUUCCUACAGUUCACAAAAACAUUAAAUAAGUAAACCUGUUGUUUACAACAGAUACUUGUUAUAUUAUAAUAUAUAGUUACAGUAUGUAUAAGUAUAUAUAUGUGUGUAUAUAUACUAUAUCUAUAUAUAUAUAGAUAUAUGUAAAUAUAUAUAUAUAUAUAUAUAGUUACGAAAUACAAGUCAAACGAUGGAAAUAAUAUAACAUUAACUAUGAAAGUAAACGAUUUAAAUUAUGUUAUUUAUUUCUUAGCUACAUUUUAUAUAAAUGAAAAGAUUGAGUAGUAUGGAGGAACAUGGUAUAUAUAUAAUACUCAGAAGUCUUGAAAAUUACAAUUGCUCUGAUAGAAAAAUCAGAAUAUCCAAUUCACGUUCAAGUCGAAUAAUAUUAAAUAAAUAAGGGUAACAUCUCGUUGAAAGUGCUGUAAGUUAUGACUGUCAAUAUUUCGAAUAAAAAGCUUGUAAUUCUCAA